AUGUUUUGUAAUACUUGUCUAAAUAAUGGAUCGAAAGAAAAUACCUGUUUGGUUUGUCGUGCUCCAUGUAGUAUGAUGAAGCUCGUUCCCGAUAUGAAUCAAGAAAUUCAAGAUUAUUUCACGGAGCCGGAAGAACUAAUUAAAAAGUGCUGCGAAGUUUUCCACUUCCAGCGGCAGCAUCGGCGGCGGCUGCUGUCAUAUUUAUUGCAGUCGACAAAGAAGUUCUACCGAGCUCGGAGUGAGCUGCAGCGCAUGACGGAGGUCUGCCAGCAGCAGCACAAACAGCUGAAGGAAUACCAGAAGAUUAUCAAGGUCAUGGAAUCACAGCUGGCUUCCGGUGGACAGAAACCUUCUUCGCCAUUCAACAUACCCAUCUCUCCAAACGCGAACCUGUCUCCAGGCUUCAUACAGACUACACCCACCUUCAAGAGAACAGCUAAGAGUACUCCAUACAAUCAACCGUAUCACUCGAGCCUCGUGACCCCCGCGCGUAUUAGCAAGCAGAGGUCCGCCUGCUACAGUGGACAGAGUCAGAGGUCGAACACAUCCAACAAGAUCUCGUCGACGGUUCUGACGCCGCCCACUCCGUGCACGCCUGAGUCGGCCGGGUCAGGUAGCUUGGAAUCUGGAUACCUGUCCAGUAGCCCCUGGUCUCCAGUCUACUGCAGCGGGAACACAAGGAAGUGCCCCUUCAAGAAAUACAACUUUUAAUUACUUUCUUUGAUUUUGUUAUGAGCUUAUCAGCAUGUU